AAACGAACAAGAGGCCACUGAAGAUAAAACUCUGCACACAGUGAUGUGUGCAUGCUUCUGUUAGAAGGACGGAAUGGAUUUCUCUUUAUUACAAGACCUCUCGGCACCUGUUGACACUUUGACAUUCUUUUCAGCUGAAGAACCGCUAAGUCCUGGAUUUCUCCACUGUCGCCCAGAGGAAACUUUGCACGUCAGUAAUUCUUCUAUUUAUCAAUAGCAAGGAGAAACUGGGAAGUCCCUUUAGAAGGAACAUAAAAUCUGUGAAGUUUGAACAAGCAGCCUUCCCAAGAUGUACCGAAUAUCUCAACUGAUAUCAACACCAGUGGCAAGUUCUUCUGACUCUGAGAGAAGAUAUACUGGAGAGCCGUCUCCCACGUGUGUUUUCCCAAGUUUUGCCUAUGAUUUCCUAGAUGGUGACACUUCCUCCGAAUGCUGCUCUGUAGAUCUCCUGACGGCCUCCCACUUUGCCUGUCGCCGAAGUCCCAGACUCCUCUCCAAUGGCUACUACACUUGGACAGAAGACAGUUUCCUUUGUGACAAAGAUGGCAACAUAACUCUGAGCCCACCCCAGACCAGUGUCCUUUACAAGGAGAAUUUAGUUAGAAUAUUUAGAAAGAAAAAGAAAAUCCGCCGUUCCUUUUCUAAUCUCUUCAACCUCGGUGCCUCUAAAUCCUGGCUGCAUGGAAACAUCUUUGGUGAUGUUGACUCUUCCCUAAGUGAGGACACCUGGUUAGAGGGGGUCAGGAGGCUGGACAUGUACCAUUGCAAUGAAAUCGAAACCAGUUUGUGGCGAGAGGUCUCCUUUCCAGCAAUUCUGCUGGCUGUGUGCUUCAUUAUCUGUGCAUGUGCAAGAUGGUUUCUGGGAGGAAUAUUAGCCAGUGUCUUCACAUGCUCAUUGAUGAUAACUAUUGCCUACACUGUCAAGUCAUUAUUUCUUGGCCUUGCCAGCUAUGUCAAAUCCACCACCUAUGCUCAGUAA